UUCUGGCAACACCAAUCAGAAGAAACGUCAGAAAUUUCCUUUCUUUUUUCAACCUCUUUCCGGUCGGUCUGCAGUGUUGUCGUCAAAAUGCGAACGAUCAACUCGAACCAAUGUGUGAAAAUCCCCAAGGAUAUCAAGGCCUCAGUGAAGGCCCGUGUGGUCACCAUUGUCGGCACCCGCGGCACUCUAAAGCGUAGCUUUAAACACUUGGCCCUGGAUAUGUACAUGUCGGACAAGAGGACGCUGAAGGUAGAGAAAUGGUUUGGUACCAAGAAGGAGCUCGCUGCCGUCCGUACUGUCUGCAGUCACAUUGAAAACAUGAUCAAGGGAGUGACUUUUGGCUUCCAGUACAAAAUGCGCGCUGUAUAUGCCCAUUUCCCCAUUAACUGCGUCACAUCGGAGAACAACACCGUCAUUGAAAUCCGUAAUUUCUUGGGUGAAAAGUACAUUCGUCGUGUCGAGAUGGCAGCUGGUGUGACCGUUGUCAAUUCUACCGCCCAAAAGGAUGAACUUAUUGUUGAGGGCAACGACAUUGAAGCUGUCUCCGGAUCAGCUGCACUCAUCCAGCAAUCUACUACCGUCAAGAACAAGGAUAUCCGUAAGUUCCUUGACGGUCUGUAUGUCUCUGAAAAGACGACCGUAGUGAAGACGGAAGCUUAGAUGUUUACAAUUAUUUGUUUCUACCUGAAAAGUGAAUAAAAAAACAAUGCUGGCCGAAACUAA